CUGUGCAACUUUGCGCCGGAUAGGGGGCUGGUGAAGAACACGCGCGUCGUCGUAGUGCAUAUCGGGAAGAAGAUCGUCACAGUGCGCAUCCUACGCGGGGUCGGGGGUGUGGGGUCGAUGGACUCGGAGGAUGUGCUGAUCUCGCGUAUCCCGUUCAGCGCGGUGCUGCAGUCUGGGCACACGCUCGUGCGCAGGCAGUUCCCGCUCGCGCCUGCGUAUGCGACGACGUUCAACAGCUGCCAGGGCCUCACAUUGGACGUCGUCGGGGUCGAUCUAACGCGACCGGUGUUUUCGCACGGGCAGCUGUACACGGCGUUGUCGCGCAUCCGACAUCGCAGCCACGCGAGGGUCCGCUUGCACCCUUGGCAGAGGACGACGAAGAAUGUGACGUAUCAUGAAGUGUUACUUUAG